AUGGAUUGCUGUGUUGGAUCUGUGUUAUUCUACUUUGUAUUACUUUAUAUGCUCAUUCACUUGCUUGUUUUCUUCUUCGCGGAUGCAGAUUUCACGUUACUGUGGGCUAGUCUGUUCGGACGUAAAUCAGAGGUGAAGCUGAAAGGUCAAGUGGUGUGGGUCACAGGAGCCUCCAGUGGCAUCGGGGAGGAACUAGCCUACCAGCUGGCUCGUUGCGGCUCGCGCCUCAUACUGUCCGCUCGCCGCGAGGAUGAGCUGAAGAGGGUGAAGCGGCAAUGCUUAGAGUCCACAGGUCUCAAAGAUGAGGACAUUCUUGUUCUUCCUCUGGAUUUGUUGGAGAGAACAAGUCAUGAAGCCAAAGCCCAAGCUGCAAUUGGACACUUUGGACAAAUUGACAUCCUGAUUAACAACGGUGGGCGAAGCCAGCGCUCUUUGUUCCUAGAUACGAGUGUCGACGUUUACCAGGCUUUGAUGGAGCUCAACUUCCUGGGUACCGUGUCCCUUACUAAGCAGGUGCUGCCUCACAUGACGCGGCGCGGAACUGGCAGCAUCGUGACUGUCAGCAGCGUGCUGGGUAUUGCCGGGGGGCCACUGGCGUCGGGAUACGCUGCCAGCAAACACGCGCUUCAGGGUUUUUUUAAUUCCCUCCGGACCGAGCUCUAUGACUACCCUAACAUACUCAUCAGCACAGUCUGUCCAGGGCCAGUACAAUCAUUCAUAGUAGAAAAUGCCUUCACUGAAGAUCUGAACAAGCCCAUGGCUUCAGCUGGUUACCAGGGAUACAAGAUGCCCACGAGUCGCUGCGUGUAUUUAAUACUGGCGGGGAUUGCCAACGGUGUCAAAGAAAUGUGGAUCUCUCAGCAACCCUUCCUGUCUUUCAACUAUGUAUGGCAGUACACACCCACGUUUGCCUGGUUUAUCACAAAGAUCCUGAGCAAGAAAAGGGUGCAGAAUUUCAAAUUGGGUGUGGAUGCAGACUCUGCCUACUUCACCAAGCCUAAAACACUGUAA